CAAGGUCAAGGUUACUUGGAUUGCUGAUUUGAACAGGAUUUGUUGACUUUAUUUCUUGGUUCCUUUAGCAAGUUAUAUAUGUGUUAAUAACGCAAUAAUGUAAGAUAUUUUAAUGUUGAGGAUAAAGAUAAAGCUGUUUUCUCGGUGGUGAAAACUACCGGCACAGAAUGUCUUCCGAUGCUGAUGUGCUCACAACUGUGAAACUGGAGACACCGACGAUGAAGUAUGAUCCUCGGCAUCGUGCCUCCAGCGAGGGAAGUCUAAUGAGACUGGUCCACUGGGGGCCCUUGAUAGCCCUUUAUAUUAUUUUCCAUAUAUCACUCUCGGGGCUGUAUUGUAUACUGAUGUGGUGGCCGCCCUUUACCGUGGGCGGGGCGAUACAUCUCGCUGUUUAUCUCUUUUGGUUAUACUUGGUUCUUUAUAAUAUGAUCAGCGGCUCACUGAAGGGACCAGGAUUUGUGCCUCUAGGUUGGAAACCCGACAACCCAGAGGAUUACAAAAACUUGCAAUACUGUAGAAUAUGUGAAGGAUACAAAGCACCAAGAUCUCAUCAUUGUAGAAAAUGUAAUAGGUGUGUCAUGAAGAUGGAUCACCACUGUCCGUGGAUUAACACCUGCUGUGGUCAUUAUAACCAUGCCAGCUUUAUCCAGUUCCUGUUCAUAGCCCCAGUAGGUUGCUUCCAUGCUGCAGUGGUGCUAAUAGCCUCUGUCUACAGAGCUGUAUAUAGGCCUUAUUAUCUCUAUUUUGGGGAUGGCACAGAACCCCUUGUAGAGCUUGAUGUUCUGGGAUUCCUUGUCUGUAUGUUUGGUAUAGGACUGGCAAUAGGGGUCAUCAUAGCAGUAGGCAUGUUGUUUGUGGUGCAGGCAAGUAACAGUUUAUUGUAGUAAAAAAACUCUUGUAUUAAAUUUACAAUAAUAGUCAUGCAACCCUGAAACAAAGACAACAAGUAAACUACAGUUGAUAGAUAAUGUACUGGAAGCAUGUCCUGAGGACAUUAAUUUCUACAUGUAUAUAUUUUCAGUGGAAUGGAUACUAUGCUUUAUUUUAUUGAAACAAUGAAGGUGAAACACAUAUUGAUAGAAAUUGUGUUUU